AUGAUCAUUCUUUACAUCUUGCACUCAAUCUAUUGGUUGAAUUCAAGGAGUUUGCCAUAUUGCUUAACGAAUCAAGCAUUAUCUGGUUUAAUCAUUAGUAUUCGUUCAAAUGAUGGGAGCUCUCAAAGAUGGAUUGCACGUCAACGUUCAGAUCCUUACGUAAAACGUGCUCAUCUUGAAAGUUAUAGAUGUCGUAGCGCAUUCAAAUUAUUACAAUUAAAUGAUAAAAUUUCCGGUGGAAUUUUUAAACCUGGUGAUAUUGUUGUUGAUUGUGGUGCUGCACCAGGAUCAUGGUGUCAAGUAGCUUCAUCUUUAACCAAUUGUAAUAAUAAUCAUUUCAAAGCUUCAAAUAAUCAAAAUAAAGGUUUAGUAAUUGGUCUUGAUUUAUUAAACUUCGCACCAUUACCUGGUGUUAUUACACAUUGUGGUGUUGAUUUAAAUAAUUGGUCUGAAUGUAUACAUUUAAUUAAUCAAUCAAUUUCCAAUCAUUUUAACAAUAAUGAUAACGGCGAUAAACCGUUACAACCCGAGAGACAGAAAUCACUGCCAGGUGUUGAUAUUGUUCUCAGUGACAUAGCUCCAAAUGUGUCAGGAAUGCGUGAAAUCGAUAUACCAGCUAUGAUGACAUUAGCGUAUAAUAUUUUACGAGUAGCAAUGAGUGUUUCAAAAGAAGGGGCCAUUUUCGUGAUUAAAUUAUUCCAAAGUGCGGAAGCUGAUGAAUUUAAAGAAACAGUUUCACAGUUUUAUACAUUAAAUUCGAAGUGUUCUUCAUUUACGCGUUUUAUUAAACCGGAAGCUAGUCGAAAAGAGUCAUCAGAAAUCUAUUUAGUUGCUAGAGGUUUUCGACUUCCUCAAAUUAAACAGGAUAGUUAA